ACAACAUGUUUAAAAAUGCGUAAGUCGGUCGAACGGAUUUUCAAAUAAAUUUCAAUUAUGUGGGAUGAAGAAGUAAAAACAAAAACAAAAACGAACAUUUUUGUAAAAAAUCAAAGGCAGAAAUUCACAUUUUUAAGCUUAAACUUAAGAGCAAGUUUAAGAUUGGGUUUUGGGCAAAAAAGAACAUAUUAAGGAUAAUUUUUGCUUUGAUUGGAUAGUAGCCUUUCAUAUUAAUUCUUUUUUAGUUUCUUUUCCUUUGCAAAAAAAAAACAACAAUUUAUAAUUUUAAUUUUCGGUUAAAUUAAUUCCAGAUUCAGCCCAAAAGCAAGCUACGAAAUGUUUGUGCAGUCUUAAUAUUGCCAGAUUGACUAAAACUUAACAAGUGCCCUAGGUCUAAUAGCAGCGGUUCUCUUUCUAGUUAUCUGGCAACUAUAUGAAAUAAAUAGUGCUGUAUUUACACAUUUUACAACACUUAUAGCAACAGCUGAUUGGACUUAUCGAUAAGCAGGUAGUUUGAAAUAGUCGAUAGGCCACAACAAACGUAUACUUGUUAUCGCGUAUACGCACAAUAAACAAACGGUUUUUAAAUAUUAAGCAUACGAACAGUGGUACGAAAAAUAAAUUUUUACAAAUUUAAUUUAACAAAAACGUAAGUAAUGCAAACUAUAUAUUUUGUUUCCGAAAGCUUGUAUCUUUUUACUCUAUAAGUCUUAAUUUUGAUUUAUGUCAACAUAACAUAAUUUUAAAAAUUAAUAUAUUAUUUUUAAUUUCUCUUAUCUUUCCUAUGACUUCAGAUAGGAAACUGCUAAUUGAUAUAUGAAUAUAUACCAAUAUAUCAAAUUUUUUAACAAACUAUAAAAAAGAAUACAAUUUUAUAAAAAAAAUAACCUAUUUAAUAAAAACUUUGAAUUCACGUCUUCUUAAACAAUAUCGUAACGUAUAAAAUAUGAAAAUAUCGUAAUUUACCAACAAUCACUACGUUUAAGUAAAUUAAUCAAUGCUUUGCCUUUUGUAAUUACGCAUUUAGCCAGAUUUAUUUACCAAACGUACACAAAAAAAAAAAAAUAAAACGGUACAAACAAGAUCAGAAGAGCAGCUAAGAGAGAAAGAGAGUCGUAUUCAAAGAGAGCUCGAGUAGAGCGAGCCAGAGAGCACUUUCUGCGAUUUGGCAAACAUCUUUUUAGUUUGCUGAGAACCUCCGUUGAAAUCGGUUGUGCUGUGUUGUGCGCUGUUGUUAGCGUUGCGAGAAAUACCCGAAAUAAUAUUAUCACCUUAAAAGCGUCAGUCUAAACAAAACAAAAAUACGUAGCAUUGCCAAAAUAAUAAAUUAAAAAGGAAAACAAAACAGCAUAGACAGCGAGAGACCAAAUGGACAGACAAACUGUCAAUUGAAAACAAACAGUACAAUGAAGUUUUAUUUUUGGAUCAGUUGGACUCUCGUCAAGUAAAGGCAUUCUGUGCAGUGCAACUGAACUGAUCAAGGGAAAAACGCGUUCCCAUAACAAAUUUCACAAUAAAUUAAAGAUAUAUAUUAACUAUAUAUAGACCUUUUCAAUUUUUGGACUUCGUCCGAAGUGCUCACGUGACAUGGCCAAGUUAAUCAUAUUCUUCUUCUUCUUAUGGACUCACAAAUCAUUGGCUCUACCAAUCAUUGACAUAGAUAUCCUAGAUGACCCCCUAAUGGAAGUGUGCCCACCAUGUCUAGAUAAUCUUCCCACUUGCAGCAACUGGAUUGUCGAGGUGGAAAGUGGAAAUGGUCUUCCCGGUAGCUGUUGUCCGCGCUACGAAUGUCAUGAUGAAAAACCCGUUUGCAAUGGUUUCAAGAUGAGAUUCUAUAAGAACAGGUGCACCGUCUGUGAUCCUUGUGCACCGCUGGCAAUUCAAUGCAAAGAAAUCUGUCCAAUGGAUGAGCUUAUACCCAAUUGCCUAACCGAUAACAAUGAGUACAAGCAAAAUGGUGAUGUAUGGCUUGAAAAUAAUGGUUGUACAACCUGCACUUGCCUGGAUGGUAUAGUCUCCCGGACGUCGAUUCAAUGCAAUCACAAGUAUGCGUGCAGUAACCCCUUCCCGGUCAAGGGAAAAUGCUGUUUGGUUUGCCCAGAAGAACUGGAUGAUAGUGAAUUAACGAUGGGUGGCACAACCAGGGGACCUGAAAUGAUUGGGCGUAAUGAUACUACAGAGGAAAUUACUAUUAAAUAUAUUACCUCGACUCCGACAAGUGAAAUUACGACUCCGAUACCGUUUACAAACGAAUCAUCAAGUUUACCUACACCAAUAGAAAGUUCAUCUGCCAUCCCGGACACAAGUGAAUCCUUCAGUUCAACCGAUAAAACCACUUCAUCCACUGAAAUAUUUACGUCCACUCCGGAUACAAGCGAAUCCACCAGCGCCGUUUCAAGUUCUGAAUCCCCUGAAGAAAUUGCCUCAUCCGAAUCGCCAGAUCUCAGAAUCGUCACAGAAAUCAAUGAAACAUCUAGCUCCGAUUCUCCUCCAACUGAGACUGCCAAAACUCCCACAACAGAUGUAGAAACUUUCACUGAUUCAAUCACAACGAUUGAUGAACUUGAAACAUCAACAGAUGAUCGUAAUACCAAAGGCGAUUAUAACACGGAGAGCACCUCGGUGGGUAUUAAUGAUGUAUCCACCGAGAUUGUGUUAAUUGAUAAUAACUCCUCGGUGAUGACCGAUAGCCCCAUCACAAAUAAGCCAGAAGCUGUACCUCCUGAAUCCACCAGUCAGGUCAAGGAAUUCAACGAUACCACGGUCCUCCAUAUAACAUCUACUAACCAUUAUGCCGAUGUGCCUCAGGAGCAAAUCAAAACCGAUUCGACAUGGAUUUAUGUUAUAAUAUUUUUGAUAUUUUUUGCAGUAGGCGCUAUUUUUCUAUUUAUCCGAGUAUGUAAAAAUAGGAACCAUUUCGAGAGCAAAAAAAAUCAGGCGGACUCCACGGCUGCAGCGACUCCACAAUCCCGGGAGAGUGUUGCACUCUUGAAUCCGGUUCGAAAAUGAAUCGAAACUAGGGAAAACGAAGCAUAAGUUGUGAUUCCAUGCACAUAGAAAAUCAGAGUUCCAGAUUGCCAUCUCAGUUUGUCAUUUCGUUUUAAAAAAUAUUUACGAGGCACAAUAUUUAGAAAAACAAAUUUUAUGAGUGCAGAUCAGAAGUAUUUUAAAAUGAAAAGAUAUGUGUUUUCUCUGUGUGAUUUAGAUCCUUAUGCAGACUGAUUUUUGAUCUUGAAAAGCUUUCAUCUAGUUUUGUCUAGGGGAAAUUAUACCAAAAUAGUGAAAGAAGUCUACAUUUUAAUACUACUUAGGUAAAGAAAACUAACAUCGUCGUCAGUAAAAUUAUAUCGCAGAAUUUAAGGACAGACAUUGAAGGAAGCCAAGCCGAUCAAUUAACGACGAACCUAGCUGGCACAUUAGAAACAUACUUCAUGCGUUAGCACACAUUUUGAUCUUAAGACUAUGCUCAAAUCAAUAGUUAAAGCAAUUAGGGUAAGCAGUAAGACAACCUACGUUAAUGUGAUAGUUUUAAAUUAGCAAACGCGAGGAAACCAGCAUAAUUAUAAUUGGAAAGUAUUAGUAGGGAAAACUCUUUAGUUUGAUUGUUAAUUAUAAUUACCGUACAG